AUGGAGCAUCAAAACCUGUGUGAAUCUCAGCUUGCAGGCAGCUGCCUGGCAGCACCUGGUGCCUCGCGAGGCCACCUCCUGCUUGCCUCUGUGGACGAGGAGACGUCCUGCAGAGCUCCUACGUCCGCUGAGCCUCGUCCCUAUCCUCUCCCGCGCGCGUUGCUUCUCUUCCCCUUCUUCUCUGCGAGCGCCCCAACCCUAGCUCGCCGGCCAUCGCUCGCCCCCGCCGCUACAGGCCUCCCCAAGCCUAGCCGCCGACGCCAUCCUCUCCGCCUCGUCGCCACGACCCUCCCCGUCGAAGGAAUCGACGCGGGGUGCCCCGAAUCGGCACCGCCGCUCCCUUCUUCCUCGCGUCCGGCGGCCGAAAUUGGCUCGACGCCGGCGCUACGAGCCUCCUCGGCCCUCACCGAUGAGCUCUACGGCUCCAGGGCAGGCAGCUGCCUGGCAGCACCUGGUGCCUCGCGAGGCCACCUCCUGCUUGCCUCUGUGGACGAGGAGACGUCCUGCAGAGCUCCUGCGUCCGCUGAGCCUCGUCCCUAUCCUCUCCCGCGCGCGUUGCUUCUCUUCCCCUUCUUCUCUGCGAGCGCCCCAACCCUAGCUCGCCGGCCAUCGCUCGCCCCCGCCGCUACAGGCCUCCCCAAGCCUAGCCGCCGACGCCAUCCUCUCCGCCUCGUCGCCACGACCCUCCCCGUCGAAGGAAUCGACGCGGGGUGCCCCGAAUCGGCCCCGCCGCUCCCUUCUUCCUCGCGUCCGGCGGCCGAGAAUUGGCUCGACGCCGGCGCUACGAGCCUCCUCGGCCCUCACCGAUGA